AUGACGUCUGUCCUAGCGAUCGUGGUCAUGAGUUUAUCAGCACGUGUUGUUAAAACCCGUCUGGCUCACACAUGUCCUUUUGGGAGAAUACACGAGAGUGAUGAAAACUGGGAGCUGAGUGACAGCGAGAAGCCGGCUGCCCAUUUGAUUGGAAUCUAUCACCAGUCUCUCAAGGACAGUUCUGACGCUCACUCUCACCACACGCUGGAGUGGGAGUCGGUCAGGGGUUUGGCCUUUACCAGGGACUCGGUGCGCUACCUUGGCCGAUCGCUGGUCAUUCCCAAGCGUGGGCUGUACUACGUUUACUGCCAGGUGGGCUUCCGCGGCAGCGAGUGUAAGAACCACCCGGUGACCCUGUACAACUGGGUGUACCGCAAACACGACUCUUACCCCAAGCCCCUGCUCCUGCUGAGUGGCACCGAGACAGUGUGUGGCAAGAACCAUAACAAGGGCACCUGGUACACCACCCUGGGCCAGGGGGCAGUGGUGCAACUGGAAAGGGACCACCAACUCUUUGUGAAUGUCAGCAACCCCCAUCUGGUGGACUACCUGGACGGAAAGACUUUCUUCGGUGUCAUCAAAAUCUGACGUCAGCCCUGGUGGGCCUGGGGAGGGGGAGGGGGUGGGGGUGGGGGAGCAGGGGACAGAGCGGGCUUGGCAGAGAUUAGUAAGUGGGAUAUGAGUUACAAAUUUAUUUUUUUAACAUAUAUUGGAUCUAUUUUGUUACAACAACUUGCCUUUCUAUAAUGUCUCUGGUGUUGUUAAAACAAUCUCCAGCUAAUUCCCAGGAAGCUCAGUCAGAUCCAGCUAAUUCUCAGGAAGUUUCAAGAGGAUCUGCCAUUUAAAGGGAAUCCUGAUUCAUGCCGUUGGUUAGACUGUUGGUCGUUUUUAACUCGAAAUGUUUAUGCUGUAGAUCUUUGUUAACCAUGACUGGUUACAUUGUACAGCACUAUUAACCCUGAUUGGUUACACUGUAGAUCCUUGUUAACUCUUAUUGGCUACAUUGCAGAGUACUAUUAACCCUGAUUGGUUACAUGGUAGAUCUUAUUAGCCCUGAUUGGUUAUACUGUAGAUUCUUGCUAACCCUGAUUGGUGACCAGUACAGGAGGCAGAAAUACGGGAUUGUCACAAAUAUAUCCGAUGGUAGACCCAGCACAAACCUCAUCUCUCAGACUGUGGAAACUGAGUGCAGGACGUGAUAAGGAUGGAAAACAAAGUAAUAUUUAGAUUAGAUUCCCUUACAGAUUAGAUUGCCUUACAGUGUGGAAACAGGCCCUUCAGCCCAACAAGU